ACAACACUUCCAAUUCAAACACACACACACACAUCUCUCCAUUAAUGGCAGUAGUCUUCUUCUUUGUUAUCAUCACCAUCUGCACACUUUUAACGACAACAAUAAACAUCUCCAACGCUCAACAAACAUGCACAUCCCAAAAAUUCACAAACAACAAACUAUACAACCAUUGUAACGACUUACCUCACCUCAACUCAUACCUCCACUGGUCCAUCAACCCAUCACAAAACAUUCUUUCAGUCGUAUUUUUAUCUCAACCAUCCACUCCUUCGGGCUGGGUCUCAUGGGCCAUCAACCCAACUGGCGAUGGCAUGGCUGGUGCACAAGCCUUGCUAGCUUAUAAAGCUUCAAAUGGUUCCAUGGUUGUAAAGACUUACAAUAUAAGUUCUUAUAGUUCAAUUAUGGAAGGAGAGCUGGCUUUUGAUGUGAAGGUUAAAAGUGCAGAGUAUUCUGGUGGGAUGAUGAAGAUAUUUGCUACUAUUGUGUUGCCAGAAAAAGGGGUGACUGUUGUCAAUCAUGUGUGGCAGGUCGGGCCGUCUGUUUCGGAUAAUGGUGUUCCGGCAAAACAUGCGUUUCAGCCGGCGAAUUUGGCUGCGAAAGGACGGUUGGAUUUUUUGAGUGGGCAGAGUAGCGGUGGUGGUGGUGGUGGUGGUGGAAGUGGUUCUCGAAAUAGAAAAAGAAAUAUUCAUGGGAUACUAAAUGCGGUUAGUUGGGGAAUUCUGUUUCCGGUUGGAAUAAUAAUUGCCAGAUACCUUAGAACUUUCCCAUCUGCGGAUCCUAUAUGGUUUUACCUUCAUGCUUCUUGCCAAGUUUCGGCUUACGCAAUCGGGGUUGCUGGAUGGGCCACUGGACUCAAACUUGGAAGUGAGUCAAAGGGUAUCACCUUCAACACUCACCGCAAUAUCGGAAUUGCCCUCUUUUGUCUUGCAACUGUCCAGGUUUUUGCAUUGUUCUUGAGACCAAACAAAGAUCACAAACUCAGAUUCUAUUGGAAUAUAUAUCACCAUGGAAUCGGGUACGCAAUCCUUGUUCUUGGCAUCCUCAAUGUGUUCAAGGGUCUUGAUAUCCUAUCACCCGAAAGCAAAUGGAGAUCAGCCUAUAUAAUUGUGAUAUCUACAUUGGGUGCAAUUGCUUUGUUGUUAGAAAUCAUUACAUGGAUUGUGAUCUUCAAGAGAAAGUCUAACAAGUCCACCAAGCCCUAUGACAACAAGUAACAAACAUUGGCACCAUAAUUUGAGCUUCUUUUAAUGUUUGUUUCUGAUAACCGAUUUCUUGGUUCUUGUUGGUUAAUUAUCAUCUUGUACGUACAAUAGGCUACAUAUAUACUCAGCAUAUAUUAUAUUAAUUAGUUUACAUUUGGUUGCACUAUCGUCGUUGUAGUAUGCUAUAUAUAUAGAAAACCGAUUUUAGAACUGCA